UGCAAAUUUAUUGCUUUAUGUAUAACGUACAAACUUGAUUUAUUUAUUGUUGUGGAACACUGACGCAAAUGAGCAAUAAAAUAAUGUAGCAUGAAUCAAUAUAUUUGAGUAAAGUGUCACAAAUUAGUUUUAUGCAGUGUUCUUUUGACAUUAAUUACUUAAUUAAGACAAAAAAUAAAAUUCCAAGAAAGAAACACAUGUUAUGGGUUACGUUAAAGGAAUUUCGUUCGUUCUUCUCUGGUAUAUUGGGAUAAUUUGGUCCGUUAUCUAUGUUUACGCCCCCUUCUUAAUUUUACUGCCAUUCAGUCGGAAAUGGUACCGAAAAGUGACCGAUAUUAUUCUAUCCUGCUGGGAAAUGUAUCCUGUAUCGCUCCUCCAGUUGAUGAUGGGCUGUCGCAUUUGUCUCUCUGGGGAUGAAAUUGACCCCGCUGAAAGCGCCAUUAUUAUCAUGAACCAUCGUAAUCGACUAGACUGGUUUUUCUUAUGGGCCGCCCUUCUUCACGGCUGUCCAGCACAUCGGUGCAAAUUUGUCCUGAAAUCUUAUGUUCGUUGGAUUCCAGGGAUCGGAUGGGGCCUGCAAAUGGCAGGGUUUCUCUUUCUUCACAGAAAUUGGAAGAAGGAUCAAGAAUUUUUAAGAAGAUCGCUGAACUACUUUAAGAAAUUGGAUGAGAACUACCUGAUUCUCAUAUUUCCCGAAGGCAACCACUUAUUUGCCGCGACCAAAAAGAAAAGUAACGCCUUCGCCAAAAAGGCUGGACUACCCGGGUACGACUAUGUUCUUCACCCGAGAACCACGGGAUUCACAUUUCUGGUCCAGCAAAUGCAGAAAAAUUCUCGCCUCGACGCAGUCUACGAUUUAACCAUUGCCUACCCGAAAACCCUUCCCAUAAAUGAGCUUGACAUUCUGAGUGGGAAAAUUCCAGAAGAGGUUCACUUCAAUAUUUCCCGCUACGAGGGGGACACCUUACCUCGCGACGAAGAGGGGAUUAAAACAUGGUGUGAGCAACGCUGGGCCGAGAAAGAAACGUCCCUUAAGAAAUUUUAUUCCGAAAAAAACCCCAACCUGAGGAGAUUAUCGUCCAAAGUGCGGUUCGCGAGACCAUGGAACGCAAUGUUUCUUGCCAUCGCGUCCUGGACCGGGAUCACCGUGUUUACAACGUACCUCACUUUCUUCACCACGUGUGGUUUUUAUUACACGUGUUUCUCCAUAUCGGGUUUCGUUUUAGUUUCUUAUUUUACUUAUGGCAUUCAAAACUUUGAACUUGACCUGUUUUACAAAUAUGACUGUCUAGAUGUCUCCCAGUGAGGGUGCAAAAUACGAAAUAUCUACAUACUAGCCUAUAAGCCCGUCUUAAAGACGGUCCACAUCAAGUUUCAAAUCAACACAACAAAAUCACUCGAUGAAAGCACCACAUAACUGAGGCGAUGUACUAAUUAUAACCGAGUUAUAACUUGAGAGUAAAACAACGUCUAAAUAUAUUGAAACAUUGAAAGGGCUGUUCCGUUCAACUUUCAUCGACAUUCCUUCAUUCAGAUUGGUUGCCAGCUUCCUUAGGAAUUUUUUUAAUGUUGCUAAGCAAUUUUUUAACGUUGCUAAGGAAUUUUCUUAUGCUUGAAUUUUUUUGACUUUGCUUGGGAAAUUUUUUAAUGUUGCUAAGGAAUUUUGUUCAGGAUGCUAGGAAUUUUUUUGUUGCUGAGCGAAUUGUUUAACGUUGUUAAGGAAUCAUUUUAACGUUUCUAAAGAAUUUUUUAACGUUGCUAAGGAAAUUAAAUUUGAAUUUUUUUUCUGGUUGCCAAUAAUCAAAAUCGUAACCGAAAUCAUAACCGUAAUUAUAACCGAAAUCAUAACCGUAAUUAUAACCGAAAUCAUAACCGUAAUUAUAACCGAAAUCAUAACCGUAAUGAUAACCGUCAUCACAACCGUAACUAUAACCGAAAUCAUAACCGAAAUCAUAACCGUAAUUAUAACCGAAAUCAUAACCGUAAUCAUAAUCGUAACUAUAACCGAAAUCAUAACCUAAAUCAUAAC